AUGGAGAUGGAGCACUUCGACGAGCGGGACAAAGGUCAGAGGCACAGCCGCUCCAGCGCCAAGAUGAACGGCGUGCCGAGCCCCACGCACAGCGCCCACUGCAGCCUGUACCGGACCCGGACCCUGAAGACUCUGACCACGGAGAAGAGAGCCAAGAAGGUCCGCUUCUACCGCAACGGAGACCGGUACUUCAAUGGCAUAGUGUACGCCAUCUCUACCGACAGGUUCCGGACCUUCGACGCCCUGCUGGCCGAUCUGACCCGCUCCCUGUCCGACAACGUCAACCUGCCCCAAGGCGUCCGGACCAUCUACACCCUGGAUGGCUCCAAGAAGAUCACCUCUAUUGACCAGCUGAUAGAAGGUGACAGCUAUGUGUGCAGCUCCAUUGAAGCGUACAAAAAGUUGGAUUACACAAAAAACGUGAACCCCAACUGGUCGGUGAACGUCAAGGCCUCGGCGGCGUCCUCCCGCGGGCCUCCUUCUCUGGGCAGCGCAAAGGCCGGGGCCCCCGAGAGCCGCGAAAUCAAGGACUUCAUACGCCCGAAGCUUGUGACAGUGGUGCGGAGCGGAGUGAAGCCCCGCAAAGCUGUGAGGAUCCUGCUCAACAAGAAGACGGCCCAUUCCUACGAGCAGGUCCUGACCGACAUCACCGAUGCCAUCAAGCUGGACUCCGGAGUGGUGAAGAAGAUCUACACGCUGGAGGGCAAACUGGUGUCCUGUCUGCAAGACUUCUUUGGCGACGAGGACAUUUUCGUGGCGUGCGGACCGGAGAAGUUCCGCUACCAAGAUGACUUGAUGCUGGACGAGAGUGAGUGUCGUGUGGUGAAGUCUGUAAACUAUGGGAAGAUGUCUGGCUCUCUGAACCGAGGCUCCCCCAGGACCGUUGUCCAAUCACGACGCAGCAAGUCCCCUGCGUCCGCUGGGAGUUUGAACGGGACGCCGGCCAGUCAGCUCUCCACUCCUCAUUCGGGAAAAUCUCCCAGCCCCUCCCCGACCAGCCCUGGCAGCCUCAGCCGACGCCGGGGGUCCCAGGGUUCUUCCACCUCUCUGUCUUCCACUAAAGUCUCCAGCUCAGUGGAGGACGGGGACGGACUUGUUACUGAAGCUGAGGUUCUCGUCGAUGAGGUUCCAGCUGUGCCAUCCUACAUAUCGGACCGCUACAAGGUGGGACGCAUGUUAGGCGAUGGGAACUUCGCAGUUGUCCGGGAGUGCGUGGAGCACUCCACAGGACGGGAGUACGCUCUGAAGAUCAUCAACAAGGGCAAAUGCAGAGGCAAGGAGCACAUGAUCCAGAACGAGGUGGCCAUCCUCCGCAGGGUGAAGCAUCCAAAUAUCGUUCUGCUCAUAGAGGAGGUGGACACUUACAACGAACUCUACCUGGUCAUGGAGCUGGUCAAGGGGGGAGAUCUGUUCGAUGCCAUCACCUCUGCCAACAGAUACACGGAGAGAGACGCCAGCGGCAUGCUCUACAAUCUGGCCAACGCCAUCAAAUACCUCCACAGCCUCAACAUCGUGCACAGAGACAUCAAACCAGAAAACCUGCUGGUGUACGAGCAUGCAGACGGCAGCAAAAGCCUGAAACUGGGAGACUUUGGUUUGGCGACUGUGGCGGACGGACCCCUCUACACUGUCUGCGGGACCCCGACAUAUGUAGCACCUGAAAUCAUCGCAGAAACAGGGUAUGGCCUUAAGGUGGACAUCUGGGCAGCUGGAGUCAUCACCUACAUCCUGCUGUGUGGUUUCCCACCCUUCCGAGGGAGCAGUGAUGAUCAAGAAGUGCUUUUUGAUCAGAUACUAAUGGGGCAGCUAGAAUUUCCUCUACCGUACUGGGACAAUGUGUCAGAGACAGCUAAGGAGCUGAUUCGAUCCAUGCUGGAGGUGGAGGUGGACCAGAGAUACACUGCCCUGCAGGUGCUAGAGCACCCUUGGGUCACUGAUGAGGGACUAUGUGAGAAUGAUCACCAGCUGUCAGUAGCAGGGAAGAUAAAGAAGCACUUCAACACCAGUCCCAAGGUCAACGACACCACUGCAGGAGUGUCAGUCAUUUCUGCCACCUCUCUUGAUAAGGAGGGGCAGGUUCUCAGACGAGGACGCCACCCGGAUGUGAAGCCACUGCCUUUGCAGAUGACGCAGACGGUGACAACAGUAACAACGUCAACAACAAAAACACUGCGGGCGGAGCCUCCCAGUUGCCUCCCUGGCCUGCCCGUGGCCCCUCCCUCUCUGACCCCUGACACUUGCUCUGACCCUUCCCCGAACCCCAGCCUCCCAUCUGACUCUGAUGACAUCUCCAUCAGCUCAGCCAGUAUUGCCUGCUCCCCCAACUCGCCCUUCUAGAGAGGAGGCGGAAGGGGAGGAGGAGGAGGAGGAGGAAGCGAGGAAGGAACAUCCUCAUCCAGCUCCUCCCUAAGGAGGAGGAGGAAGAGGAGACAUCAGCUUCUCCGCAGCCUCUCAUCUAAGGCUGGGGGUGAACAGGGGAAAACUGUGGAGAGAAAACAAGCAACAAAAAAAUAAAAUAAAUAAUUCAGAGCAAACUGUUAGCUUUCCCAAAUCCAUCUUUCCAAACCCCACAGGAGAGACCGAUCAAAGGGUGGACAGAGGGAAAAGAGGGUAGGGAGGUUGGGAGAAAGACUGAAGAGGCAAACACAGAUCAUGAGGAAGAGAGACGAAGAGGAAUGAGGUGAAAGACUUUUCAUUUAUUUCUUUUUAACGUUCUCUCAUCUGAGCACAUGUUAUGGAGCUCAAGGAGCGAGAAAGGGCGACACCCUUCAGUGAUGAUCUGGGCUCGACAUGGAAACUUCCUUAAGGUGGAGCAGCUCUACAGGGCAAUAUGAGAAUAUGGACCGAUGUUCAUGUUUUAUUGAACCUUAUUUAUUCAUUCUUUAUUCACUGCAUUUUUUUAUAUGUAUUUCCCUUUUUCUUAAAGGAUAACUUUUUGUUGACUUGUCCUAAGAGCUUGGUGGACUGGAACAGUGUGUAGAAGUAGAGCUCAGACAUUGAAGUAGGUUAGGGUAGACUUGAUGAACAGAGUAGUUGUGUGAAAAUGAGGGCUACGGUCAGUAGAGUUGGAAGUUUUUCUUACAAAUGUGUUAAAAACGUGUUCAUCGAAAAACGAAAAAUGACAACAGCGGCACUUGUGCUAUAAUCCUGUGCUCCUCACAGUAUUGGCGUUGCCUUCCUCUAACGUUGGAUUGCAGUAUUACAGUUUACAUUUUUCACAGACUGCUAUUAAGACAAUAAUGGUGCAUUUGAUUCCUUGUUGUUAUUUUGUUAAUUGCUUCAUUCAUGACAUCUUGAUACACACGAUUCAACAGCAUUUGGGUGCUUGUGUAGCAAACUCAACAUCUGAACAACUUUUUUCUCAAUGCACACAUUUCCAUAAUCAUUCUGUACUGAUAUCACAUUAUUCUUGGUAUUUUGUGAUGCUCAAGUACACAUAGGAAGCCUUGUUUACAUUUUUUUCCAACACUGAAGGCAUAUUUCACUCACAUAUUCCAGCAGUAAAGAAAGGUAUAAUUGUUGCAGCCCAGGUGUGCCAAUUUUAUGGGUUUGGGGAAAUGUUUUAGGAGGCAAAUGUAUAAAAUUAACAGUUUAUGGGGGCUGCCUAUUUGCACAAAGUACUGCAGUCUAAGUGCAGUCAAACAGGUCUGAGAGAAAGACAGUACGGAUGCCAGAGAACCAGCAGCACUCUUGGAAAGCAGUCCAGUUCAAAGGGUGGAAGAGGAUUUUAUUUCAGCUCUGUGCAACCUCAUUCAUGGCUUCAUUUAUUCAGAUGAAAGCAUGACAGACAUACAGUAGCCUAUUCUUAUAAUUAAAACGGUUUCGUGAUGAAGUAUCGUUUAUAUGUUAUGUAAAUAACAUAAUUUUAUUUAUUUUGAUAGUUCACAAUACAGUAUAUUUCUUUACUAGUAGUAAGUCUAUGAGAACUGUAAAAAAUAAAAAAUCAUACAUGUGUAUCAGUCAGUCAGCAAAGAAAAAAAAUAAUCUACAGGAGAUCAUCAGGUCGAGUGAGACUGUUUCAUCCUGACGUGCCACCUGGAUGAAUCCACACAGACAAAUAUAGAAGAAUAAGAGACCACCAUCUUUGCUUCUUGUCAGACACUGGGAAUGAUAUCACUUCCUUUGUUGGUAAAGGGAUUUCCAGUUACUGAUGUGAGAUAAAAGAGAGGAGAAUCCAGAGGAGAGAAAUGCAGAGCGAUUUCAGUUUUGUUUUUUUGUUCUUGUUUAUUUUUUUUUCCACAGAUGAUCUCCCUGCAGUCGUCACACUUGUCUGUAAGUUUCUGUAUUUAUCCUCAUCAUCACACAUAGACAGUAAUGUGCCGCCAUAUUGACCAGAUCAGUAUGAAUUUGUUGUGCUCUCCAGCACACGGGCACACGUGGUUUACCAAAGUGCUCUCACAGCUGCGCCACAGUAUUACAAUCUGUUGCAAUACCAAUACCUGUACCU